AUGAUCACUGAGGAGGAGUGUCUGAAGAAGGGUUGUUGCUAUGACAGUUCAGUGAUGGACAGUAUCUGGUGUUACAAUCCAUGGAAAUUCGAAGGUGAGUAA